CUCGAAGAAGCCCUGGCGCGCCCUCCCCCCCUCCCCGGUCUGGUAGGGCGAAGGAGCGGGCGCGCGGUCGAUCGAGCGAUCGGUUGGCGGCUCUUUCUCCUGCUCUGGCAUCCAGCUCUUGGGGCGCAGGCCCGGCCGCCGCGGCGCGCGCCCGGUGGCCGUUGGCGCUCGCGCCGUGUCUUUCUUCUCGUACGCAGAACUCGGGCGGCGGCCUAUGCGUUUGCGAUUCGACGAGGAGUCGUCCGGGUGGUCGGCGGCGGCGGGCAGCUGCUCCGCCCCGCUCCCGGGGAGGCGGCGGCGGCGGGAUUUGGCGCGGCCGGGGAAGCUGGGGUGGCCGGGGCCGGCCUGGAGGCCUGGCGCCACCCUUCAGGGCCUGCAAGGACCCAGUUGGGGGGGCAGGAGGGGGCCGGGGGAUGGUUGGUGGUGGGCUUUCUACUUUGCCUUUUCCUCCUUAUGCCGCCUUAGUGGGGGGCGGGAGCUCUGGCGGCUGCUCCGGGGUGGGGAGACAAGCUCCGGAGUCGGAAGAGCUGGGUUUGCUUCCGGGCCUAGCCACCAGCUGGAUGAGUGACCUUAGGCAAGUCACUCUGUAAUUUGUCUGCGCCUCAGUUUCCUCCUCUGCCUAUCAAUGUUUGUGGGAUUGAAAGCGCUUUGUAAAUGGUAAAAAAAAGUCCGUAUAUGCAAGGGAUGAUUAUUGUUCGUAACGGUUGGGUGUUUUUUUUGUUUGUUUUUUUGAGUUGUAAGAAAACUUAGCAGUUGUCCAGUCCUUGGAUUUUGAACCUGGGAACCUUGGAUUGGAGUUGGGGAUCCCCAAAUUCUCUGAAAUUGUAUGCAGAAACUAGUGGGAAUGUACAUUUUAAGGGAAUGAGGAUCCAUCGCCAACAAGUUUUCAGAGGGGACUGACCCGGAAGAGUUUUUAAGAACCACAAUUCCUUUGCCACAAGGAGGAAACUGAGGCCUAGAUGUUAUUUGGGCCCUUUCAGAACCAAUUUGAAGCCCCUGUUUGAAUCCCUGGGAUAUGUGAGCUGUUAUAUGCAUAGUGAAUAUUCGGGGUAACAACACUCCACUGCUUGGCUUCUAUUCUGAGUCCUUUCACCGUGGGUUGCCUGAAGGGUGGCUGAUGUGCAUGGUACAGUGGCACCCCAUAUAAAGCAGCUAAAACUAGGAGUGGUUGUGUUCUCUAGCAUCAAGAAGCCUCUUUAAUUUUUGGCCCAACAACUUUUUUUUUCUGGUGCCUGAUUACCUUUCUGACUCUUUCUUUGACCAUUUUCCAUGACCAUGGUUGCCAUCCGUUACUUGCUCCUAUUUUAUAUUCCUAGUCGUGUGGUUGGUAGUAAGCAGGCUUUUGUUUAAAUGGUGCUGCCAAGUCCAGCUAAUUAAUGGUGCAGGUGGAUUUUUAGCAAGCUGGCUUACUGGAACAGACUGAACCAGGCGUGGAAUUCCUGAAGAUGUUUGGGGGUUUGUCUUUAUUAAUUGAAGGCUAACAUUCUUUGAAAAGUUUUGUUAGAACUUCUGCUGAACCUCCGGGUCAGUAGAUUGGAAGUGUUUCAAACUUUAACUUUUUGCUGGCCUGCUUUGUAUUCGGUUUGCUUGCAAGUGUGUUACUAAGGUGGCCAAAAUGCCAGUUUUUGCUUCUUUGUUAAUUGUCAACUGCUUUUAUCAAAUUCCAGGCCAUUAUCCAGCAAACACUAUAGAAAUGUUUGAACAGUUGGAUUUCAAACAUUUUCACUUUGUGGAGUGGUGCUUACCAGUGGUACAGCUCUAAGCAAGCAAAUGCAAACACAUUUAAGUAUAUUUUGUCUGUUAGGUGUUAGCCGGUUCUGCUGUUUCAUACAAAUGUCUGGAAAAGUCAAUGGACUAUUCCCUUUACCUAGAGGGCAGAGACAAAUAAUCUCAAUCCCAGAGAAAUUACUGUUUUGGAGAAAAAUGUGUUGGUCUUUUAGCUCUUUUGUAAUUAAUUCUGGAUGUACCUCAGAAGAUUCUUAUGACUGUGGUGAUAAGAUGCUUUCCUCAGGAGAAAGGAGGAAAAGAAACAACUGGAACUCAAAGCUUGAAAUUUUGUGACAAAAUAUGAAAUGUCCAAGAUAGGAGUUUGAAAGGGUUUAAUUACAGUGCCCUGCACUAGCUGGAACAGAUGUCUUUCAGUGCAGUCAUAGCGUGGACUCCAGAUUUCCAGAUUUUCAAGAACUGGAUCUGGGACCGAGAAGAGAUUAUCAGGAUGUGACAGGAACUUGCGAGCUGGAUUUUUUAUUUUUGAAUUUCGGGACUGUUGUCCUUGCUUUGAGGAAAAAAGACAAUGGCUGAGCAAGCACUGCCACCAGCACUGUUACUGGGAAUUCGGAGACCCGAGUUUUCGCCAGACCCUCGGUGCAAACUCUGGCAUCACUCCGUCCAAAGUGAACUACGUCCUGUGCCUCCUGGUUGUCAAGUGUUCACCUGGACCUUCUGACUGCGUUCCUUGUGCUGUUCCAUCAGCCUACAUCUGGUACCUGGAUUUUUCCCCAUGGUGAUUCAUACCACCUUACUACUGAAGAAGACACCAUUCCAGUGGACCACUGUGACCCAAGAGGCAUCCAGCGAAUCAUCAUGAUGUGGCCUUCACCUCCACUCCUGUGUUGUUCUACCCAGAUUCAGCAUUGCCCUUUUUAGUGACUUCAAACUCCUCAAGCCAAAUAGCUGAAGCUAUUCUAUCACAACAAAGGCCCAGUUUGUUCCAUGAGUAUGCAUUUCAUUUCUUCAGUUAAAGCCUUCAGAGACACGUAAUAAAUUUGGACCAGGGAAUUUUUAGUUAUCAACACUGAAGAAUGGCAACAUCUUUCUGAGUACCACAUUGGACCAUGCCCCACAGUCUCAAAAGAUUGAAGUUCACGAAGUGUCUAGGAUCCCAUCUAAGUCACUGGACCUUAUUCUUUUUCCAUUUCAAAUCUGUAGUAGCCUACUGAAUGAGCAAGCAGAUACUCUGACCCACUGGGAUUAAGCAAAGGCACAGUGAACUCAUAGCAUCUUCUUUGGGAUUACUCAGGAACCAGAACUUUUCACACAAAUGUAAGAAAAUCUACCAAGGAAUCCCUUUACCUAACAGCAUCUCACAAAGCUCCAGUCAGAUUCCAGAAAAGGCCUCUUGAUACAUCCAGGUAGAACCUAUAUGGUAAUCCCUUAUGUUCAUAUAGCACUUUACAGUUUCAAAGCACUUUUACAUGUAUUAAUCUCAGUUAUCAAAUGACACACAUUAUAAUCCCUUUUUGCAAAUAAGGAAAUGGAAAUUUAAAAGAUAAUCCAAGGUGUUACAGCUACAAAGUGGUAGAGGCCAGGCCCUUCUGACUCCCAGUCCAGUUCUCUCCUUGGAAUUAACUUAGCCUCUAUUUUACCCACAGUGUUAAAAUAACUGGAGAUUGGGAACCCCAGAAAAGUUUCCAGAUCCCUGAUCUGUUGCCCCUAGUCAGGAUGUCAUAAAUGUAAUCUUAACGAUAUCUGUACCUAGACCAGAAUUCCAUGGCAGCAUCUCUGAGGCUUAGGAGUAGACUGUCUGUGGUGAUAGAUUGUCCAGUCAACACAGCAAAUGUUCAUAUAACAACAGGAUUACCCAGCAUGAAACACAAAGCUGUUUUUAGAUCUUUUGUCCAAUUUUGUGGUCUUUCCAAAGAUGGUCUAAUUGAUUGGGGUUCCCUGUUCAUAUCCUGUCUCUUUUUUAAGUUAAUAUUCCUGAGCACCAAGAUCUUAUCUAUGGUCAUCUAUCCCCCGGCUAAUUUUAUAUAAAUGAGCCAUUAAUUUUUUUAGAACAGUACUGUUUCAUAUAUAUGUGUGUGUAUGUAUAUAUUUGAUAUACACAUAUAAUAUAUAUCAUAUGUAGAGUUUCUGUAGUUCGUUAAGGUGGUGAAGUACUGUAAAAUGUGUUCCCUCUCCUGAUUUAUAAUGCAGUGUAGUAUAUUAAAGUAUCUCAGAAGGCUUGAAGAGUCUUAUUUAGCCAUUUAGCCCAAUGCGUUCCACGUUUAAUCAAGCACAGAAUGUUAUUUUUGCACCAUUCCUUUCAAUGGAAUGGGGGAAUCUUUGAAACCCCCCUUUUUCUUACUUUGUCAAUAACUGCUUGAAUUAGUAUGACUUCUUCAUAUGAGAGGACCAUAUCUUAACAAGUUACCUUUAUUUUCUGUCAGAGGAAUAUCUAGAAGAUUUGUGGGGAUACAUGGAAGGGGAAUGGGAGGUUAAUUCUGCCACAGAAUUAGAUGAAUUCCAUGACAUUUAGCAAUAUACUUCUGUGUCCCUAGAACUGUGCUGUUAACCUAGUUCAAGGGCAUCACAUCUCAGGUGGGUGAGGAGACAGGGAAGGGAGGAGAAGGAUGGAGAAAGGGGAGGAAGGGGAGAAGGAGAUACUUUCUUAGGAUUUGAAUUGUGGCCCAUUGAGAUCUUAAUGAUGCUUGAAGAGAAGUCAUCCAGCCAGGGACUUCGUGGUAUAAUAUUUACGAAGAAAUGAAUGAAUUUUGCAGCUGUAUGCUGACUGCAAAAACCCCAGUGCUAUUGUCACUUAAAACCAAUAGCCUUGUUCUCUGUCACUUAUAAGCCCUAUUUCAGGCAAUCUGAAAUUGUAGCAGACUUGAACAUUAACUUCAUCAUUCUGUAAUGUGGCCCACAUUAGGGAAGGAAUAAGUAGGAAAACACUUGGGCUUACCACAGGCUUUGCUCACACAGUUUCUGGUUUCUGUGACCUAUUUUUUUUAUUUCAGCAUUUUGUGAACAACUUAUUCUUAGAUCAAUGGUUUUCCAAAGGCUUUGUGGCCAUGAAGCCCUUUGAAUGAAAACUAUAUGGAAGCCCAGAAAAAAGUGAAGCUGCUCUGGAGGAAGCAGAAGUGGGGGGCCUGAAACCUGCUACAAGCAUCUUACUUUACCGCCAUGGUGACACCUAAGGAGACUUCUUUACAACACCUAGAAUUCGUCAGAACACAGUUUGAAACCACUGCCCUAGACAACAAUAUGUUCAACCUGAAUGACAUUCUGUUUUGUACCUCUGCCCAACAACAUCCAUGUUCAGUUGAUGCUGAGCAUUCUUAGAAAUAAUUAAUGUGGGCAAACGCAGAAAAAUGCAAGAAGAUGGGCAUAUCUUUGCACCCCAGAGUAGUCAUAUGGGCUGAAAGUGGUAUCAGUCAAGUGGACCUACGAUUAACAGCCCUUUACCCCUAGAUGGACUUGCAGUGGUUCCUGGAAUUGGAUAUAGCCAAAGAGCAAUUAAUACAUAUUCUACACUGACAAACCCCCUUACCCAUCUUCCACAAACACCAGAUUCUCUAGUGGUACUUGAAAUACAUGACUUUGAAGUCUUGAUCCUCCUUGGACACAUGAAUCACCAGGUAUUGAAGCUAGUGUUGAAGUUGAUGCCUCAUUGAGGCCAUAUUAGGCCAUCUGUACAUUGGAUCUCCCAUCAUCAGCCAUGGUACUCUACUUCAUGUGCAAGGGAUAACCAUUAACUAUGAAAGCAGAAUUCAAAUACUGGCAGCAUUACCUAGAAGGGUACCUGGUAAUUAUUCAUCUUCUCAAACCAUAAAUCACUAUCAACCUGUGGCAGUUACACUGCUCCUUGGUUUUUAUUCAGUUUAACUGCUGUUCCCAGGAUAAAUGAGCUAAUAACCUUUGAGAAAAAUCACUAAAACAGUUCCUCCAUCACUGGCAUAACUGCCUAUUCUGCUCCAAAAUUAUGAAUGCUCAGCUCUGACUACAUGUUAACACCCGAUCCACAAGAGACAGUCUCUGAACAUCCUUUCUCGUGUAUAUGAUUUAAAAUGUGACCAUUUGGAAAUUUUCUUCUAGCCAAUGGGAGAUUUUAAGAUGGGUCUUUUGAUGUCUAGUAUCAUCCACUAUAGGUGACAGGGAUAUUUGGAGGUAGGCCUUUUGACCAGGUCGUGAUAGCUUACUUGGUGGGCAUCUCAAAUUGCAUAUCAUCUACCUUUUUGCUGGAAAUGUAGACUGACUUGAAAGAAAAUCUACAAAGCCUGCAUAAAGAUCAGUAGACUCAAGAGCUGCUGCUUCCUAAUGUCGCAAGACCACAGUCCCUUGUCCUUGUGGAUGUUUUCAUGGAAUUUCAUCUGUCUCCGUACUGUUUUACAUUGGCUGACUUCAUUCCUUGUCAUGAGAUACUCUCAGGCAUUAAGAUAACUUUUCUGUUUCUGCAGGAGGGAUUCAAGUAAUGAACUCCCAGACCAGAUCAUGUAGAACAAGUAACCUUCAAUUUGUGUCAUGAGACAAAUCGCAUUCCUUUACUUCACAGUCGACUUAAGGGCCAGCUGUCCUCAACUACUUUAAAGAAUGCACUGGUUAAAUGUUGGGAAUGAUUUCUUUAUAUCUUUGUCUUUUAUCCUCUGGACUAAUUGUGAUUAUGUGACUCAGUCUACAAAUCAUCAAACAAGCCCUAAGUCUCAUUACUCUAGACUACUUACCCUCAACAAAUAAAAAUAAAUUCUGAUGACUAGUCUGCUUGAAUACAACUAUUAUUUGUAAAGAAAUUAUCUACAAAUUCAGUAUUUCUACUACCUUCAAAAUGUCAGCUCGAUUUUCUUUUCUCCUGUACUUUACAGAAAAAGACAUUGAUCUACACUGCCAGUUAUUCCCUUUAAUCCUGUCAAAAUGAGGGGCUUAAGGUGAAGAUGAUCAUCUGUUCACGAGUCUAAUAUACACUGUGUAUAAGAAUUGAUGAUUCAGACCUAGGAUCUUACCUUCUCUCUCCAUGCCUCAGAUCUCAUCUGAAUCUGUCAGCAGUACCAGUCAACCAGUCUGAGACCUUGACUUGUUUAUAAAAUGAUUCUCAGAGAUGGGCUGAGUUACAGAAGAUGGAGACUUGAUUACCAAAGAAAGUAGGGCCAACCUUGAUGAACCUGGCUCUCCCAACCCAAUCACUCCCAGAUGUAGCAUAGCCUUUAAAUAGAACCUCAAGUCUGGAUUGAGGAUAUUGCCUUCUCCUGAGCUGGAAGUUCUUGUGCAGAUGAGCAGGAAAAUGAAAGUUGUACCUGACUGGCCAUUUAAGAUCAGAAAAUUGUAUGCAGAUUAAACCCUAUGGAAUAACCCUGGAAUAUUCAGGGUAAAAACUAACUUACAGAGCUUCGAUAUUAAACUGCUUGUUCUCCCAGAUCAUAGCCUGGCUAUUGAUAUGGCUGGCCCUGCUGAAGGUACCUUACUUGACUAUCUGACUCAGCCCUUACCUGCCUUUGUUGACAUGUUGCUGCAGACAGACUGGCCGUCCUUGAGAAGACUACAGCUGAUCUUGGCCUACCUUAUAUCCAAUUCCAUCAAAGAGUUUUCAACAGAAGCAACCUGCACCUCACCCCACCAGGACUUAAUGUUCACAAGAGAAAGGACCACGCUGUGUACUCCUUAACCAGCAACCUUCUUUAAAAAGAAAAAAAAAAAACAAAAACUGCAGAAUGAGCCUCUGUGCCUCUAUAUAUUUGAUCAUUUUCAGCAUUUGGGACCUUUCUACCAGAUCCGAAGGAGUACAGCAGAUUGAAAGCACUGUCCAUUUCUCUCUUUUGCAGUAAUACAGAGAUGAAUCUGAUUCACCAGUACUCUCAGAAAUGUUCCAGUUCAACUUGCAAAAGACUUAAAGGAACACAUAAAAACUUUAACACUGAACUUAAAAUUUACCACUGAUUUGAACAGCAUCACAGAACUAUUUGCCAGUGGGAGGCUAGUUGUCCUGCUUCAUGUCAGCAAGACAGUUGGGCUCUCAGACUCAAGACCACUGAGUUAACUUAUAUUGAAACUCUGUUGUAUCACUCAAAAGUAUGUUAUUGGACGUGAUUAUUCCAUUCAAAUGGAUUACAAACCUCCUGAGUAGAAGACAGACUUACUUCUCAUGAUUUUUUUCCAGAAUGCUUUUAUUGUCAAGGAAGUAACAAUGCCAGCUGUUAGCAUUCAACUUUAUGAGCAGAAAUUAAACUUUUUCAAUAUCUGGUCUUUUCAUUGACAUAAGUUUUUGAUUGACCAGCAUCCAUUCCAUCUCCUUAUAACAACUCCCUGAUGUUUCUUGUAACCACCUCUCCAUAUUUCCAGUCCACGUGGUUCAGUGUCACACAACAGCUCAGGUUUCAUGGGUGGAUAUGUAAUUCAGACCUGAUCAAUCAGCACAGUCCAUCUCCUUGACCAUAGUGAUUGGUUCAGGAGUGAUCAUGUGAUCCAAGUUGGUCCAAUGAUACUCAACCUUAAGAGUUUUCAUGAACUGUGGAGGAGAAGCUCUUUACUGAGGUUGCUUAGCUCUAUAGGAUGAAAAGCUCAAACCAACAGGGCCCACCAUAUCAAAUGAGCCAGUCAGAGAAUGAAGCCAGUGCAGAUGAAAGUGGAGCCAAAUGAUGGAGAGACUUGAGUCCUGAUGACAAUGCCCCUGGAUCCAACCGUGCCUGAAGCUAGUAUAUCCCCUGGACUUUUCAGUUAUGUGAACCAAUAAAUACCCUUUUUUGCUUAAGUUA